AUGGAUAGACGUUACACAAAGCCCAACCUUAAGUUAGUCAAUAAGGCGAGCUUGGACAAGGCGCCGAAGUGCGUGAUUACAGCCCGCGAUCCUCGGCUUCACCGUAUUAGUGUUGCCUACAAAGGGUUCAUUGUUCCAGAAGGUAUUCCACUUCCCCAAUAUAUAUCCCGUACCGAGCCUCUUUUCGUAGCCAAUGUCUCGGCAGGAGCCUUUUCAUCCCAGCUCACUCUCAGAGAAGAGGAAGUAGAAGAAAGAGAGGAAGAGGAAGAAGGAGAGAAAGAAGUUGUAGAAGUCUCUGACUCCUCGGACGACUUUAGGAUUUUUGAUCAAUCCAUACACUCCGGAGAAGAUUCUGACGAGAUAGGGAUACAAAGGAAGCCCCAAAGAAGCUUGUUGGAGUUGAUGGAAGGUCAGCCCGGGAAGAGUGCACCAACAAAAUCAACACAAUCCCAGACUCCAUCUCUUCCCACUAGGUCUCCUCUUCCUACUCCUCACCAGCCUUCUCGUCAACCUCCCCAGCCAGCCCGUCCUGACGCAGCCAAGUUAAAAAGGCGCAGGGAGCAGAAGGGCAAAGAGGUGGUAGACGUUGGCAAGUCUCGUCCUCCUCGCGAAGAGGAUGCUCAACGAGUUGCAAAGCAAAAAAAAACCAGGCACCAAGCUCCGCGAGGCCAGGAGAGGUCUGAUUCCCAACUUUCUGAGCCACAAGCAUGGUUGCCAGCACCUAUGCACGGCAGGGAGCCCCUGCGAGAUGAUGCAUCUAUAAGGGACUUCAACUGCGGCAUCGGGUGUCACAUAGCCUCGGCCAUAGAGGAGGUCUUGUUGCUCCCAAAAGAUAUGGCCGAAAUAAAGAAUGUGAGGAAGAAUGAACUCAUCCUCGACAAUAAAAGAUACUUGGGCAUGAUUAUCCAAAAUACUUUCAAGCUGGAUGAGAUACUCAACAUCUACUCCAAUCAGCUAGAUGAUGAAAGGAAGAAACGAGCAACGACUGUACAGACUUUGUCCAAAUUUGAGCAGGACUUGGCCAAUACGAAGAAAAAGUUACUUGCUGAGGAGAAAGCUCGCAAGAGCGCCGAGUCGGCCUUGGAAGGCUAUCAAAUGCAGGCCGAGGACCAGGGGAACCGCUUGCAUGAGGCGAAUGCCGAACUGAAGAAGGCUCGGGAACAAGUUCUAGCUCUUAGGAAGCACUCGGAGGAAACCCAAAAGCUGAGGGAGCAAGCUGAAAAGUCCAGGGAGGAAGCCGAGAAAGCAAAAACCGAGGCCGAACGGGCAAUGAAUGAAGCUGAGCAGAGAGGCUAUGAGGUCGGUAUAGCUGAGACUGAGGAGGCUUUGAGAGUCGAGGUUUCAGCGGUGUGCCGCAUCUACUGUGCCAAAACUUGGGAUGAGGCAUUUAAUCGAGCUGGGGUUGAGGCUUCGUCCGAGUUGAGGAGGCCAGAGAAUGUAUUUUAUCCUGAAGCGAUCUGCCCCUCAGAUACUCCAACCCCUCAAGCUGAAACCAUUCCCUCAACCGUUAAUCCCAAUGAGGAGGUUUUGCCUCCAAGUUUUCCCCCUCCUGGCCAGCCAGACCCAGCUAAAGAGGAUACUGCCCCUCCAGAAGCUUCCUCAGAUAAGACUACAGCUGCUUUUGAGGCAGGGGUGGCCUCCCCAGGUUUUCAACAGGAUUUGGCCUCCACAGUCUUGCCAGCUGGGGGAGCUACUAAGGAUAAAGAGGAAGUCACCACCAAGGAGGCAGACAAACCAGCCAGCCAAGCUCCAAAGAUCCAAAUUAAAUUGAAAAAAUAG